GCACCGGCGGUGUAUUACAUCACAGGGCUGCGCGUGUAUAUAUCGGAGGCGCGCGCGUGAGAGAGGCAUUCCCAGAGUUUUGAAUCGCGCUGACGCGUCGCGUGCGGGACUUUCACUCGUGAUGCUGCGCACGAUUCCGACGCAUUUAACCACCAGCAGGACCGUCAGCAGCAGGAAACCCUACGAUUAAAAUGGACGGAUAGAUCCAGCGUCUGAGCGCUUUGGAUAAAGUUGAGUUUGCGUGAUUUUCCCCCUUGUUUCCGCCUCACGAUGGAUCCCCCGCAGUGUUUGGUGGCCGUGUACCUGCUGCUGGUGUCCCUCGCUCAGUGUCAGCACUAUUACCUCCUCAGACCCAUCCCGAGUGACACUUUACCCCUGCUGGAGCUCAAGGAGGACCCCGACCCCAUCUACGACCCGCGGGAGAAGGACUUAAACGAGACCGAGCUGAGAAGCGCGCUGGGGGACUUUGACAGCCGCUUCCUGUCCGUCAGUCCUCCUCAGGACCGCUACACAGGCAACGAGGACCUGGAAGAGCUGGACCUCCAGCAGCAGAACCCCACCGGGCUGAUGCCCAAAGACAUCAAGAGCCUUGACUUGGACGUGCAGUGGGGCAAGAAGCGCAAAGCCAGCAAGAAGCUGAAGCGCAGGCUGCAGAUGUGGCUGUGGUCCUACUCGUUCUGCCCGGUGCUGUAUGCGUGGAACGACCUCGGCGCGCGCUUCUGGCCGCGCUUCGUGCGCGCGGGGAGCUGCUACAGCAAGCGCUCGUGCUCGGUGCCGGAGGGGAUGGUGUGCAAACCGGCCAAAUCCACGCACAUCACGCUGCUGCGGUGGAGGUGCGUGCAGAGGCGAGGCGCGCUCAAGUGCGCGUGGAUACCGGUGCAGUAUCCCAUCAUAACAGAGUGCAAAUGCUCGUGCGCUAACUGACCAAUCAUUAAUUGACAUCAAAACACCGAUCCGAUG